UCAACGCCAGUAACAGCGUCAUGCGGAUACGAUGCGAGGAUGGGUCCAGCGGACUUCUAUCGCCAAGACUUUGAACCUCUCUUCCUGGACGAGCUGGACCCGUCACAAUUAACAGAAGCUAAGGAUCUGUGUGGCGCCACCAACAUGCCCUGCAUCUACAACUUACUGGCCACUGGGGACCAAAACUUUGCCUUUCAGACAACAGAUCUUCGCAAUCUGUCCGACAUUCUCAUCCAACAAAGCAAGAACACCGCCCCAGUUCUACAGGUUCCCGAAGCUGCGCACGUCAUCUUUGGUGUUCCUUCGUAUUUUUUCGUCACUGGACUUGAUCCUGACGUCACAGACAGAUUGACCUAUCGCCUUUUAGAUGACUCAAAUGGAACAGUGAGCAUUAACCAAUCGUCUGGUGCAGUCAGCGUCAGCCUGAAAUCCUUAACACCAUUUAAAAUAAAGGUGUAUGUUGUGGACUCCCAGGGCGCUCAGUCUCCCGUGGAAUCCGUGCCAAUCGUCGCCUGCUCCGGGUGUUCAGGUCACGGCACGUGCAACAUGUCGGACACUAGAGACGUGCUGGGUGACCACGACUUCCAGUUCGCCGUCUGUCGGUGCGGACCGGCCUGGGCGGGAGACAACUGCGAACUGGACAGAGACGGGUGCAGUGACAGCCCUUGCCACCCGCUUCAGAACUGCACAGAUAUACCAGCCAGUCGACAAGAAUCCAGUGAUAUCGGGUACACAUGCAGCGCGUGUCCACAAGGAUACUUCGCGAAGAUCUAUUCCAAGGACUGUUAUGACAUAGACGAAUGCCUAAACGGUACGUUACAUGAUUGCGACAUGAUCUGCACCAACACGUACGGCAGUUACGAAUGUUCCUGUCAGGAAGGCUAUCGCCUGAGCACUAACGGCCAUUCCUGUGAUGACGUUAAUGAAUGUGUGGAGAGAACUCACGACUGUCAGCAGAUCUGUAACAACACUGCUGGCGGCUUCCAGUGCGAGUGCGAGGCAGGUUACACCUACGACAGCACCUCAAAGUCUUGUAUCAUAAAUGCCAAUGAAUCCCAGGUUUGCAGCAACAGUACCUGCUCUCAGGGCUGCAGAGUGAUCACUGAUGCUGCAAACAACACCCUCGCGCAGUGUUUCUGUUACCUGGGUUACGACCUGGACGUCAAGGACAACGCGACGUGCGUGGACCGCGAUGAAUGUCGGGACAAAGUGUGUGACCAGGUGUGUAACAACACGGCGGGCGGCUUCUCCUGCUCCUGCUACGACGGCUUCGCCCUGAACAAGGAUGAGCGCACGUGCUCGGCCUGCCCGUAUCUCAAGUACGGCCCCGAGUGUCUCCAGACGUGCACGUGCAGUGGCAGGAGCGUAGCGUGUCAUCCUGUACGGGGCUGCGUCUGUCAGGACGGCUGGACUGGCACUACGUGCAUGGAUGACGUGGACGAAUGUGUAGAGAACCCGGAUGCGUGCGGCCUCGACCAGACAUGCGUCAACAACAGGGGAUCUUACUCUUGUACAUGCCGUGUGGGUUAUAUUUUAGACCAGAAUGGAGUUUGUCAAGGUAUAGUGACUCUUGUAUUUAUUUGUCCUGCUAAAGUGUUACAAUGUGUCUUUUUCUACUUUUUUGUAAUAAUUAUGUCAAACCAGGUUUGCGAAGUACAGGAUUUUCCCUUAACAUUCUUGCUCGGUCAACCGGGAGACUGCCAGCACGACUGUGUCAACGUCCUCGGCUCCUUCAACUGCGAGUGUAAAUACGGCUACAGACUCAACGCUGACCGCAAGACCUGUUCUCAGGUACGAGAAGCUUGUGCCAACACGACCAAGUGCAGUAAGGCCCACGGUUGUACACUUGACGAUAACGACAACGACUUGUGUAUCUGUAACCUUGGCUACACGAUCAACCCAAACACGCAAGUCUGUGAAGAUGUCGAUGAAUGCGUAACGGGGCUGGCCAACUGUUCUCACACCUGUAGUAACACACCAGGUAGUUUCAUCUGCAGCUGCCCUGUUGGACUGAAGUUGGACAAUGCCAAGCUCAAGUGCUUCACUUGUCCCCUGGGGACGUUCGGACCUAACUGCUCUCACGUGUGCGCAUGCGCAGCCGGGGCAGAACGCUGUGACCCUGUUUCCGGUUGCGUGUGUCGUCAAGGUUGGGAAGGUGACAAGUGUGACAAAGAUGUUGAUGAGUGUCAGUCAGGAAUGUCGUCUGCCAACUGUACAGGACAGAACGUAGAAUGUGUCAACACUAACGGAGGCUACACGUGCAGGUGUCGUCAGGGAUUCGCUGCAGACAACGACAGCGCGUGUCAAGAUAUCGACGAAUGUUCCAAGCCUGUAUGCGACCAGCACUGCAACAACACCAUCGGCAGCUUCCACUGCACCUGUGACGACGGCUUCUACUUGGACGCAGUCACACAGACAUGCAGAGAUGUGGACGAAUGCGCGGACCUGCAGACAAAUGUUUGCACUCAACGCUGUGAGAACACCGCCGGCUCCUACCGCUGCUCCUGUCACGUGACAGGAUACAUCCUCAACAACGACGGCUUCACGUGCGGAGACGUUGAUGAAUGUAUAACUGGGGUGGCCAAUUGCUCCCACACCUGUAAUAACACACCUGGAAGCUUCGUCUGCAGCUGUCCUGACGGAAUGAAGCUGGAUAAUCUCUGGAUGACGUGCUUCACCUGUCCCCCAGGGACGUUCGGACCUAACUGCUCUCAAUUGUGCGCAUGCGCAGCUGGGGCAGAGCGCUGUGACCCUGUUUCCGGUUGCGUAUGUCGUCAAGGUUGGGAAGGUGACAAGUGUGACAAAGAUGUUGAUGAGUGUCUGUCAGGAAUGUCGUCUGCUAACUGUACAGGAGAGAACAUAGAAUGUCACAGCACUGACGGAAACUACACGUGCGAGUGUCGUCAUGGAUUCGCUGCUGACAACGACAGCGUGUGUCAAGAUAUUGAUGAAUGCAUUAAUGGGGUGGCCAACUGCUCCCACACCUGUACUAACACACCUGGUAGCUUCGUCUGCAGCUGUCCUGUCGGAAUGAUCCUGGAUAAUAUCUGGAUGGCGUGUUCCACCUGUCCCCCAGGGACGUUUGGACCUAACUGCACUCACGUGUGCGCAUGCGCCGCCGGGGCAGAGCGAUGUGACCCUGUUUCCGGUUGCGUGUGUCGUCAAGGUUGGGAAGGUGACAAGUGUGGCAAAGAUGUUGAUGAGUGUAAGUCAGGAAUGUCGUCUGCUAACUGUACAGGUGAGAACGUAGAAUGUGUCAACACUAAUGGAGGCUACACGUGCGAGUGUCUUCAGGGAUUCGCUGCAGACAACGACAGCGUGUGUCAAGAUAUCGACGAAUGUUCUGAGCCAGUCUGUGACCAACACUGCAACAACGCCAUCGGCAGUUUCUACUGCACCUGUGAUGACGGCUUUCUCUGGAAUCAAGUCACCAACAGAUGCAAUGGAGAAAACGACGUGCAGCUUGUAGACGGACCUAACCCGUACGAAGGACGAGUAGAAAUCUUGAAGAAUGGAGUCUGGCUGAGUGUCUGCCAUCAGUAUGUGUCAAGUGACUUUGGGAGGGUCGUCUGUAGACAGUUAAGCUAUCCAAACGAUGGCGCGGUUCUGUACUACGCCAACUCUUACGGCCAAGCUCCGGGUGAAAUACUCAGAAAGUACAUCAACUGUACCUGGGAAGAACUGUCGCUGUCAAACUGUAGUUUCUCAUCACGUGACCACAGCUGUGACCCUCGAUAUACACUUGGAGUCAGCUGUGACACAGGUCUGUCGGAGGUGCAGACAGUUCGCCUUGUGAACGGAACCUCUCAGUACGAGGGUCGGGUAGAGGUCUUCAAAGCGGGUGUGUGGGGGAGUGUCACAGCAAGUAGAGACCUGGCGACACGACCCUUGUACAGCGCUCUUGCUGCCAACAUUGUCUGCAGAACUUUGUUUGGAGCCAAUUAUGGAGGAUCAGCUGUACCUCAGCAAGAAGCGCUUCUGCGAUUUGGAUUUGCGAGGUCAGCCAGACAUUGAGUGGUUUAAGAUGUAAAGGAGAUGAGCAAAGCCUUGUGAACUGCACUCAUGAUGCUGGAGUUGCGUCUGAAGCACCAGAAGAUAGUCUGGCUGUGGUGUGCAAACAAGUUCCUGAAGGUUGCAACGGGUACAUUGCCGCACCCACCGGGAUGAUCACAUCUCCUGGCUUUCCCGAAGGCGCAGUGUACAGCAGAAAAACAGAUUGUGUCUGGACGAUUGUUAACAAGUCGUGGAUUCGAUUUACUUUCAUAAACCUUCAGACAGCAUCCCGGUUGACUGCUUCGAUGAACACACUCCGGGUCAUUGACAGUAACGCUUACUCCAACCUGGCCUACAUACAGAGACCCAAAACAGUGAGUGUAUUGCAGUCCUCUGGAAGUACACUGUAUGUGUGGCUCAAAGCGCAGUCUAGAACAAAAGGAAUUCAGUUUCAGGCUUCUUGGGAGACUCCACCCUGUUUUCAACGAUUGAACAAGAGAAGUGGCUACAUCCAGUCGCCAGACUACCCAAACCAGUAUCAACCAAACCUGAACUGCACGUAUGAAUUUGUUAAACUGGAAAGUUUCAAGUUCCGCUUCUCAUUCGAAGUUUUCAGUCUGGGAGAGCAGCAAGAUGGUGUGUGUCAAGAUGUUUUACAGAUCUUUGACGGUGACUCUGAAUCAUCUCCCACUGUCGGAGGCCUCUCUGUGGAUCAGCUCCCCUGACUGACCUGAAGACGAGAAACCAAAACUCCACAACGGUCCUCGUCAGGUUCACGUCAGAUGACGUCAGCACGUCUGCUGAGGGAGGAUAUAGGAUACAUUACUAUCAGCUAAAACCAGGUCGGAUUCAACUUGGUAAUUACACCGAAGACAGCGGUACCUUUACAUCUCCCGGCUACCCCGACGUCUACAACGGCGAAGAGGACGUCAUCUGGAUCAUCACCACCAAGCCCUACAAGACCAUCACACUCACUUUCACGACCUUCAGCUUGGGUCAUGCUGUAGGAACAAAAUAUUA